AUGCACGUACAACAGACUUAUAAAGAAAACCGCAAUGAAGUUCUAACUUCAAAAGAGAUAACAAAAUUCACAUCUAAAACAUUAUCAUUAAAAGGUCAAAACUUAACCGAUCAGUGGUGGAGUACUUUAGGACUGUUAGAUAGUGUUGAAAUUCUCAUUCUUGAUGAGAAUCUCUUCAGUACAAUUCCCAAAAAUAUAUUACAGACCUCCUUCCCCCAGCUUAAAGUCCUUAGUAUGCGUAGGAAUCGACUAGUUAUGCUUAAUGUUUUAGCCUUAGACCAUCCCGUCUUAGAGAUAGUAGAUCUUAGCGAUAACAAAGAUUUAAGAGAUUUAGNGUGGGGGGUUAAUAGGAGUUAG